AUGGUCAUUGGCGGGAAAACGGCCAUAGUUACUGGGGGAUCACGAGGGAUUGGCCGAGCUAUUGCGCUUCACUUUGCUCGUAAAGGCCUGAGCAAUAUCGCCAUCACUUAUGUGGCAAACCGCAACGCGGCUGAGGCAACUUUGGAUGAAUGCCGUAAACUCGGCAUUAAGCACUCAAUUGCCAUUCACGCAGACGCGCUUGAUCCCGACUUCGGCACGAAAAUCAUUCCUCAAGUCCUUCAGGGGCUCAAAACGACAACAAUCGACAUUCUCAUCAACAAUGCGGUUUUAGCGGACCCAUCCGCGGCGAAGCCCAUCAAGGAGACCACACUCAAAAAUUUCUUGGAGAUCAUGCAAGCAAACGUCUACGCGCCAGUCUCGCUUACUACCGCACUCAUGCCACAUCUACCAACAUAUGGGGGUCGCGUCGUCAACAUCUCGAGCUGCGCUUCCAAGUGGGCAAACUCGGAUCCUAUCAUAACAUAUGGCGCCAGCAAAGCCACUCUCGACAGCUUUAUGCGCUCAUUCGCAGACAACUUUGCCAAGGAGAAAGGGGCGACAUUCAACAGCGUCAUCGUGGGCCUUACGGCUACUGAUGCAUGGAAACAAAACCAACAUCUUCUGGGACCGGAUUUUCUGAAGGAACAGCUUCGAGAAACAUCCGCUGCAGAUAGAAUUGGUGUCCCGGAGGAUAUUGCGUACAUUGUUGGCUUUCUAGCCAGCGAAGAGAGCCGAUGGGUCAAUGGUGCUGCGGUAAGUGCAAACGGGGGGAACAGAAAGGUUCUUGCGGCGCUCGGUUAG